AUGAGUCAAUCCCUCAGAGGAGGUGUGCGGACCUUAGCCUCCGCCCGCCUCGUUCCGACACGGGCGCGACAGGGUAUUCGGCUGCAUCGCGGAUGGCAGACGAGAUGCGUUCAGAUCCGUGCUGCGCCAUCAGAUCGCCCGGGUACAAUCAAUGGAGAUAAUACCUCCAUCGUGGACACGCCGAGCUCCGCGGAGUCAGCAGAUGCACGAUUCGAUGUCAUUGGCGCACCUUACUCUUUGCUCUCGGUUUCGCUUUCCGCUUCACAGAACCUUUACACUCGACGGGGGACGCUGGUGGGGUUGAGUGGGAAGGCAGAUAACGUGAUUUCGACACUGAGCGUACUAGAACCUUUCCGGAGAGCCGCCGUUGGUAUACCGUUCCUCUACCAGAAGGUGUCCUCGGCAAGCCCAGUAACUGCGCUGGUCUCCGUUCGUUCGCCUGUCACCUCUUUCUCGGUCGUUCGUCUCGAUGGCUCUGUGGAUUGGAUGGUUGCGCAGCGACGGGCAUUGCUCGCCUGGACCGGACGUUCUCUUCGUGUCCAGCCCAGAAUCAAUACACACUUGAGCUUGACUCACUGGGGUAGCUCGGAGGUGACUGGGCGAGGGCUGCUGGCUCUGGUUGGUUCCGGUCAAUUGUACUCGGUUGAGCUGAAGGCUGGUGAACAAUAUAUCGUACACCCUAGCAAUGUCGUGGCCUACACCAUAACAUCUAACCCUCCGCGCCCUUACCGUUUUAAGUCAACAUCCUUGAAAUUUCAGGUGCCAGGCCUCAAGAGCCUACCAAAGUUGUUCCAGAAUUCGCAAUUCAUCCGCGCCAUGUCCGACUCGAAUACAUGGAAGACAACCAUGAACGUACUACACAAACUUCGCACAUGGUCCCGAAUGACCAUCUGGGGAGAUAGGCUAUUCCUUCAAUUCGAUGGCCCUACGAAGAUUCUUCUACAAACCCGCGGACCCCGCAUCAAUGAUAUCAUGUCCACUCGUGAGAUCAACGAAAUUGCGGAUACACCAAGAGGACUAACCUUUGACCCUACAAAGUCUGCCGGAGAUAACAAGCCAAAGUCACCCGAGGAGCAAUACAGAGAGAGCCUCGAGGAGGUCAUUAAGACAGAACCGGGCUCCGGUCGAACAGUCGAAGAGUUGGAGAAUGAGCUCAGGGGUGUGAGCCAGAGCAUCGCCAUCCUCACGAAAGAAGGGGAGGUGAUAUUUGAAAAAGUCAACCGGAAGAACUGA